CGGACACGGAGCAUCGGACCAGACCCGCCCGUGGCAUUUGCGUGUGAGCGUUUGCACUGCGGCUUUAGAUGGGACAGUGAGUCUGGAAGCUGAGGAAGUGGAAUCUGGAGACACUGCGGAAAGCCUGCCCUACCCGGAAGGGAGCAGAGGCGCGCCAGCUCUCGCUCCACGUCCUCUGCAGGACGGCCAUGGCCCUGAGUGACGCCGAUGUGCAGAAACAGAUUAAGCACAUGAUGGCUUUCAUCGAGCAGGAAGCCAACGAGAAGUCCGAGGAAAUAGACGCCAAGGCCGAGGAAGAGUUCAACAUCGAGAAAGGGCGCCUCGUGCAGACCCAGAGGCUGAAGAUCAUGGAGUACUAUGAGAAGAAGGAGAGGCAGAUAGAGCAGCAGAAGAAAAUCCAGAUGUCCACCCUGAGGAAUCAGGCCAGGCUGAGGGUCCUGAGAGCCCGGGAUGACCUCAUCUCAGAAUUGCUCAGUGAUGCGAGGCUGAGACUUGGCAGGCUUGUGGAGGACCCGCAAGUCUACCAGGGGCUUCUGGAUAAGCUCACGCUGCAAGCCCUGCUCCGCCUGUUGGAGCCCGUGGUGAUCGUGCGCUGCAGGCCCCAGGACGUGCUGCCGGUGCAGGCUGCGGUACAGAAAGCCGUCUCCCAGUACGCAAUGGUCUGCCAAAAACCUGUGGAGGUUCGCCUGGAUCAAGAGGCCCACCUGGCCGCGAGUGCAGCUGGAGGCGUGGAGGUUUACAGCAGCGAUCAGAGGAUAAAGGUGUCCAAUACCCUGGAGAGCCGGCUGGAUCUGUCAGCCCAGGAACAGAUGCCAGAAAUACGAACGGCCUUGUUCGGAGCCAACGCCAACAGGAAGUUCUUUAUCUAAGGCGAAGGUCAAGUGUCAACCUCUUUGACACUCUGAUGUCGUCCUGUCUUCUGUUAGGAGAUGCUGUUUGAACAUUAUCCAGUGUGAACUUUGGAAUAAAGCACAAAUGCACGC